CGUCUGCCGCAUCCACGACAGACAAAUCUGUAACGGAUAAACCUACUUCAGAUCCAAGUGCAUCUGCCGCAUCCACGACCGAUACAUCUGUAACGGAUAAACCCACUUCAGAUCCAAGUGCAUCUGCCGCAUCGACGACAGAUAAAUCUGUAACGGAUAAACCCACUUCAGAUUCAAGUGCAUCUGCCGCAUCCACGACAGACAAAUCUGUAACGGAUAAACCUACUUCAGAUCCAAGUGCAUCUGCCGCAUCCACGACCGAUACAUCUGUAACGGAUAAACCUACUUCAGAUCCAAGUGCGUCUGCCGCAUCCACGACAGACAAAUCUGUAACGGAUAAACCUACUUCAGAUCCAAGUGCAUCUGCCGCAUCCACGACCGAUACAUUUGUAACGGAUAAACCCACUUCAGAUCCAAGUGCAUCUACGGCAUCGACGACAGAUAAAUCUGUAAUGGAUAAACCUACUUCAGAUCCAACUGAACAAAACAUGUCAACAGUGGUGCAACCAAUGAUCGUACAAACUACAACUGAUUCGACUGCACCCACAACCGAAGAAACUCCAGGAGAAAGUGAAGGGUCUACAGUUCCUAAAGCUGAGUGUCCAGAUGCACAGAAACGUUUUGAAGAGGCUGUUAUUGCCUAUAACGGAAAGUACUUAACUAAAUACUUGUACGCUUUUGUUUUGCAUUGAUUGCAAGAUUAAAUACCGCUUGAUCCUUCCACCAAUCUCCUGUCAGUCAACGGUAAAUAUUAUCAGUUUUCGCUGAACGACUUCAGACCUAAUGAGGUCAAAGACAAAGACUUCCGAUCCGGACAAGGUAGAAGUGAAAAAGUACAAACAUUAAUCAAGAAAGAUGCACUUACAUACUUGGAUAGCUCCUACUUAAAAUCCAAGGUCGUGAGACUACCGAAUGAUAAACACAAUCAAUAUCUCGUCCUAGUAUUACCACAUUCACACAAAGACAUAAAGGACGUUAUUAAGAAACUUGAAGAUUCUAAAACGUUCAGGUCGACAGUAGUUAAUCUAGAAGGAGGGCAGGUUUCUGCUGUUAAUCUGCACAUACCGAUUCUAACCGAAGGUUAUACCGAGGACAUGAAGAGGACUCUGGAUAAGACUGUGAAAGUAACUAAAGUAUUCGACCCUAAAACAUCUGGAUUAAAUAACGUAUACAACAAGGAUGAAACAACUUACGUGUCUAAAGCCUUAUCGACGGUUAUAUUUGAUAUGAGCAGCUUCCAAAUAGAACCGGAACCUUCAAGAGACGAACUGAAGAGACGGGCUGGUUACCCACACGUGCUACGUGACCAUCAUUUCAAAGCUGACCAUCCUUUCAUUUUCUACCUUAUAUCCGGGAACAUUCCCGUGUUGAGCGGUGUUAUAGCUUGA